ACAGCCGGCGCCGAUCGUUAAAUACAGAAGUCGUAUUUUCAGUCAGUACAGUUUCUUCUGUGACUUUGACAGGAUAGUACGAAGUUCAGUAUUUUAGUGCUCCUAGCUAAGUUAUUUUCAAUUGUUUUAAGUGCUGUGACAAUGAUUGCUGUGGAGAAAUUAUCUCAUCAACACUCUGUGGAUUUACAUCAGUCUAUGAUGGAAGGAGAGGAAGCAGAGUGGGAAGUAGCAUGUUCAGCUCUGGCCCAGAGGCUAGGUGAGGAGUUGAGGGCUGCCAAGUCUGCACAGUUAUCCUGUGGUGAAGUGUUGCUGCCACGAGAGUUGCUGCCUACAGUCGCUAGCCAGAUACUGGCCCAGUCUGUCUGCGAGCCCUGUGGUCUUAGGGGCUGUACCCUGGACAUCCAGCUAGAGACUGAGGAAGGCAGUCAGGUGAAGAUCAGCAGCAUCAAGUGGGACCCUCAGAUGAGCUCCACCUUCCUGCUGAGUCUAACGCUGAGACAAGACACAACACACAAGUGGCGACUUUCUCAGCUGCUGAAGACUUUGACCAAGGGUCGCACUCUGGUCAUCAGCAACAACUUCCUCCUACACAAGACAAGGCUCUACCGUCCACGAGCUCCAGCCCGGUAAUACGUAAUACAUCCCACUGAGAGUCAAGACUGCUUCCGACUAUUGGCUGUAUUAAACGUAUUAUAGCAAUAAAUAAUUUAUUGGCUUUCAGCCUUGUGAUUUUUAAGGAGUUAUGUUAUAUUCUGUGAUACGAUGUAGCAUGAUCAAUUGUGAUUUUUUGUGAUGUUUCGACUCUCAAACAAGUAUUGAAUUUCAUAUUAAAGCACUUGUUAGUUUUUAUAUGUAAUUAUUUAUUUUUGAAAUCAUUUUGAACAUUGUUUAACAGUUAAAUUAGUUUCAACUUUUUUUAGCAAUGCACCCCAUAUAUUUGAUUUAAAAUUUAUAUUUUAUGAAUAUUUUUACAAAAAUUGGCUUUGUUUAAUGUAUAUUUAAAUUUUUAGUUUCAAUAAACCUUUCUAAAAAUGUAAUACACCAACAGCAAGAGCUAUAGCAAUAAUAAUUAUUAUUUUGUAUUUCUUUGAUAAUUUUAUAUUUUGGUUUAGUGAAAUAACA